ACGGGGCGGGACGGGACCAGCGCGGCGGGGCCGGCAGCGGGCAGCGGCCAUGGGGAAGGUGCUGGCGUUGGCUCUCGUCGGGAUAGCGGCAGCUUUAGCGGUGGAGCGGCUGCUGGCCCUUCGGAACAAGCUGAAUGCUUCCCGGGAAAUAGCCCCCGUGACCCUCCCCAACUGCCGGCUCAUUAAAGGAAUUGAAACUGGUUCAGAAGACAUUGACAUACUUCCCAAUGGGCUGGCUUUCAUCAGCUCCGGCUUGAAAUACCCAGGAAUAAAGCCUCGUGCACCAGACAAGCCAGGUGAAAUAUUACUGAUGGAUUUGAAUGAAGACAAUCCCAGAGCAAAGGAACUGAGAAUCAGUCGAGGGUUUGAUCUGGCAUCAUUUAACCCUCAUGGGAUCAGCACCUACAUAGACAGAGACGACACCGUGUACCUCUUUGUUGUGAAUCAUCCCCAUCAGAAGAGUACAGUAGAAUUGUUUAAAUUUGUAGAAGAUGACAAUUCUCUUGUACACCUGAAAACCAUUCAACAUGACCUUCUAUACAGUGUGAAUGAUGUAGUUGCUAUGGGACCAGACAGCUUCUAUGCUACCAAUGACCACUACUUCUUUGACUUCAUCUUGAUGUUCUUGGAGAUGUUCUUGGGUUUAAAUUGGUCAAAUGUUAUUUACUACAGUCCGAAAGAAGUUAAAGAAGUAGCAACUGGGUUUUAUUCAGCCAAUGGAAUUAACACUUCACCUGACAGAAAGUACAUCUAUGUUGCAGAUAUAUUUGAUCAUAAUGUCCAUGUUAUGGAAAAACAUGCUAAUUGGAAUUUAACCCAUGUGAAGACACUGCAGCUGGACACUUUGGUUGACAACUUGUCUAUUGAUGCUCACACUGGGGACAUCUGGAUAGGAUGUCAUCCGAAUGGGUUGAAGCUGAUGUACAGCAGUCCUGAAGAUGUGCCUGGCUCUGAGGUCCUGCGGAUCCAGAACAUCCUCUCGGAGAAGCCCGAGGUGACGCGCGUCUACGCCGACAACGGCUCCGUGCUGCAGGGGAGCUCGGUGGCCUCUGUCUAUGAGGGAAAGCUGCUCAUUGGCACAGUCUUCCACAGAGCUCUCUACUGUGAGCUAUAGGUUGUCUCACUGGAGGGACCAGAACUGAAUGCAAUAUUCCAGCUGUGGCCUGAUAAGCACUGAGUGGGAUGAUGAGUCCUUUAUUUCUGCUAGUGAUGGCCUUGUUGAUGCAGCCCAGCAUCCCCUUGGCUUUCUCUGCUGCUGCAGCACACUGUUCACUUAUAUUGAGCUUCUCGACCAAGCCCUCCAGGUCCCUUUGCUUUUAAUUAGUUUUUCUUGUUGGUUACCAAUCCCUUGCAAUAAACUGAAUUGAGGGUCCACUGAAGCUGGGAACUUGCCUUGUUCUUUACAGCAAGACACUGGUCUUGCAGAAGCCCCUGUUUGAGCCACUAUAUGGUUUCUUGCCCAGGGAGAGAGAGAGAGCUCUUACUUCCUUAUUAUAAACAUCCUUGCUUACAGAGGAGCUCCUGCAGCUCUCAUCCUCUGCAUUCCCACCUCUGAUCACAGCUCCAAUUUUGUGAGAUGCUGCCACCCACCUCAGGCUUUGUGUUACCAGUGGCAGAUUGCCCCAGUGCUGCCAGUGCCUGCCCACACUGGCAUUUCUCAGCCACUUGUCUGCCCCUUUGAAUGGUGCCACCAGAGCUGCCUGGGGGCCACCAUGGCCUCUGCGUCCUUCAGCUGAUGUAGUAGCAUUUCCUCACUGGUGUUUUUCCACCCCUGUGUGGAGAAGAAGGUCAGGCUGCUCACGAAGCCCAAGGUCAAAAGAUCUGGGCCCUGGGAGCUCAUUGCUCUUCUGGCUUUGCUGUUCUUGCUACAGUAGCUUCACCACCACCACCUGUGAUCUCCAGCAGUUUGGGGAGUACAUGGAAAGCUCAGUACUUCAAACCACAGGCAUGCUUCUGCCUAAAAGAUGGAGCAAAGGACACACUCGGUAGCAGCCUGAGCACUGAGACAGUAUCCAGAGUGUGUGUAAACCUUCCUCUGUCCUUGGAUUUUGCUGUUGUGGCCCAGAGGAAGCGUUACUGCCGGCUGAGGACUGAGGUUGGGGUGAGCAGUGGCCCUGAACAGAAAAUGUGUCUCCUGACACCUUGGCUCUUGAUCCUUUCCUUUCUAACACAAGCCUAAUGGCUUUCAUCCAUUGGUAGAAAGGCAUUUUAUAUACAAAUAGCACACGCUGCAGGGCUUUAGCAGUGGCCAGAGAGGGAGAUUUGAGCUUAACUUGAGUGUUAACCAGGCAGCUGACUCUCUGGAGCACAGCCCAUUAGCAGGUCUAUGCACAAGCUGUGUUUGUUGCUCCUCUCCAAAAUGCCCACAACUGAUCUGGGGGAUUGAGCACUAUCCAGGGCUUACCAAGUGCCUGUGGAAGCUUUGGUGACAGGGACUCAGACACUCAAAUCAUGGCUUCAAGUUGUUUCUGACCAUGGUGUGAAGACAGCCCUUCCACAGAGCAGAGCUGGCCCUGGACAAAGGGCCUUGCCUUUAGCAUCUGCUGACUGCUCAAAGCACUCGAGAACAUAAUUUGCCUUAAUCUGGUUUUGCUCCUCCUUCUUUAGCAAUUUCUCUCCCUGCAGGACAUUUUCAACUUCUCUGGGAAGCUGGGUGCUUUCCUACAGGAAAUUGUUAUCCCUUUUCAGCCUUGAGGAACAGAUGUUUUUCCCAGAGGCCAAGGCAGAAAAAAACUGCUCAGAAGGAAAUUCCCACAAUAAGAAGCUGGGGUAUUAAUUUGUUCAUGAUCAGACAUCAACUUCCCGCACUGUUGCAGUUUUGUGCCACUCUGUGUUCUUGAGUAAAAUAAGCGCCUUCUGAAGAGUUAAGGUUUUGCUGCAGUGGUGUUAACUCAGCCAGAACACCAACCAGUUACUGCUGGCCUGGGAUUUACUCUGGCUGUAGUAGUGCAAGAGCCAGCAUUUCCCUCAGCAGUGGGAGAACUAACCCAUCAAAACACUAAUUUCAUGUUUUAAAGUAGUUUAGAAUGGCUUCAGGUGAUCAAAUCUACACGGUGUUGGAUCUUGUCAAACUUCUACUUUUUUGUUGGUUUUUUUGCCUUUCAGAA